GAACGUUUUCGAAAAGUUCCGUUUUCAUGACGGAUUAGUGUGGACGGAAGGCCUGAACGAAGAAAUAAAGCUCCGUUGUCAAAUUCCCCCCGGCCUUAGUUAUCCAAACUGUACUGUUAUGCAAAUGUAUGACUUCUAAGAGACAGUGUGAAGAACAUAAACAAUGAGUUUAUCUCAACUGCCGAGUAUCUAGGAUUUUAGCAUUCUUAUACUGGACCGACCGGGUCACCACUUCGGUAUAACGCGCACACAUGUUUUUCGCCAGACACUUGAGAUUUAUCAGCCAUGCAUGAAAAAGAAAAAAAAAAGAUUCCAACAGACUUUUUUUCCAAUACCCCUGUCGUCUUAAACCUUCACCCUUGUACUCGAUGCAAUAUGUUUGUGGUGUUCGGAAGAAAAACACUGACUGCAAACAGUCUAAAAUCAAAUAGGAAUUUCGUACACAGCUAUGAAACCAAACUCGUCUGUCCUUGAGCUCCUUUACAAGUGUAAAAUAAGUUAAAUAUGAUACUUGACUUUUUCCAACGAUUGUCAUUUGUCAAGAGAUUAUAAUCUCUUGCGUUUGUUCAUGAGUAAUUUCACGUAUAUACUGAUGUGGGUUAAAAAUACAUGUUCUGUAUUGGCUUAUCCAAGUUGUGUCCUGAAAACACUUGACUAAUAUUAGCUGCAUAGGCUAUAUUCUCCAUCAUUAUCCAUUAUAAGUAAGACCUGAGAAAAAAUAAUUAAAUCAAUUGCGCUACUGGCUCGUCAACAGUAAAACCUUCCGGCCAUGUUCCUCUCAUUUCUGGUGCUCAACGGCGUAUUGUUCCUAACAACUGAUUUUACUUUCGCCGGCAAAUGUCGACAAAUUAAUUCAUCUGUUCUCCCUGCCUGUGCCAAUGUUGACUACUCUUACACGGCAAACUUUUCAGACAUCGGACAAACGAGCUACCAAGAAUACGUUUCAUCUGAAGUGACUCUCUUUGCUAAUCGUUUCAGCAGUUGUUCACCGCUUUCAAAGACUAUCGUCUGUUCUCGUUAUGUUCCGAAGUGUUCCGAACGUUUCGAACAGCCUGUUCUGCCUUGCCGAGAAGUCUGCGAGCAAUUUGUGAACGAUUGCGACAAAGCUCUGAAAGAUAGUGGACUGUAUAAGCGCUAUGUAGCUUACUGUCGGCUACUGUCGUCUGAUGAAGACAUCACGGCGAAUUGUUUUAAACCCGAUGGAUUCGUUUCUCGAACCACAAAAGAAACGACGUUACCAAACUGCGAAACAGUAAGUCAGCCUGCAUGUCUUGAAGACAAUUUGAGUGGCCUGGAAAACACAACAAGAACUCGGCUCCAGUCUUGGCUUAAAAGCCUUGAACCAGUCCUUAACACCAGCUGCUCGGUCAAUUUAAAGAAAUUUGCCUGCUUUGUUGAAACGGUGCCAUGUAUCACUAAUGUCGGCUCCACCCUGGACAGCUGUCAAUCAUUAUGUGAGGAGGUCAGGCUUAAUUGCGGAAAGGACUUGAAAAUGCACAACAUCUCUUUUCCACAAUGCAUCCCUAAUUACCCUGAAGUUGACGUUGGAAACGGCUUGUGUAGCCUGACUCACUGGCCAGUAUCAUGGCCGCCGCCGCCAGCCAAGAUGAAACAAAAUCCAGGUUUGUUUAACAAUAACAGUAUCAUACCAUAUCAUAACUCUUUUUCUAAGGCCAUCGUAGUUUGAUUACAAAUAUAACCAAAAACUAGCGGUUAUAAAACCGUUGUACACCAGCGAUUUUUAUGCUAAACUUGACGUUUCGUAUGCUGGACAACAUACAUUUUCAAGCGUGACCGUUACAAUUUUUGAACAACUCUUUAUU